AUGGCGACAACCGGUCCCGCCCGCUCCUCUGCCGCAGAACAGUUGCGACAAGGCCUAGAAAUCGACGUCGGUGGACUAGACAACAUCAACAGCAGAUUCACCAGUGCUCUAAUAUCCCACCCUCACGACGCCUGUCUAUCCGACAUUAAUAUUAAUUCAAACUCUCGGAAGGAUCCUACAAGCGCCAGCAGUGGUAACAGCAGCAGCGGUAGCGGCGGCGGCGGCGGCCAUAUCAACGUAUCGUCGUCAAGUGACUCGUUCGCCGACCUGAACGAAUCGCUUGCCUCAACCUCAACCUCGGACAUAAAAUCUCCCACUUCGAAACCAUCAAACAACCGCAGCCUACCCGGAAGCCCUUACUCCAUGACCGACUCAUUUGCUCCAUCGUCGGCUGGUUUGCCGUCGUCGUCAGCAGCUUCAUACUCCAAUAUUCGGCUUACACCAUACUCAACUUCAUCGUUCUUACGGCCCGGCUCCCGCUUCGAAGGCACCCAGCAAUCCGAUAAACAAACAUAUACCGUUCAUGUUGAAAUCAAACAUGUCGACAUGCGAGAGUCCUUCCUGUGUGGUUACUUGUGUAUUCAAGGUCUAACACAGGAUAACCCUACAUUGACUACCUAUUUUGAAGGCGAACUCAUCGGCAGCAAAUACGCCUUUAAAACAAAGAACAAAAACUGGGGUGCUUCCGAAAAGAUUGACCUCCAACAUUGGGGCAGAUUUCCUGCCUAUCGUCCGUACACCAAAUCUUCAAAGUCCAAAGAGAGCCAUACCAAGGAUUUCGGCGAGCAGGAGCAUAUUUUCAUGAGGUGGAAGGAGUAUUUCCUUGUGCCGAACCACAGAGUUAAGGAGCUUACUGGUGCAAGCUUUGAUGGUUUCUACUACAUCUGCUUCAGCCAGGUCACCGGCGAUGUUUCGGGUAUUUACUUUCACUCUAAUAGUGAGAAAUGGCAGCAACUGGAACUGAAGCAUGUCCCUGAUCAUGGUAUAUACGGGUCAAUUGAGUUCAGAUGA